GGGCCUCGCCUGGGGGGGCGCCUUUGUCUCGGGACCUCGCCAUUCGUCCGGUGAGCGGCGGGGCUGCCACCAGUCCUCGGGAGGCCCGAGUUCCUCUGCUGCCAGGCGCCGGAGCUCCGCGGCGGAAGGCCGGGCACCCUGCGGCCGGGAAAUGGAAUCGUUGACAUUCAGGGAUGUUACCAUUGAUUUCACUCAAGAGGAAUGGGAUUGCCUGGACCUUGCUCAGCAGAAUCUAUAUAAAGAUGUGAUGUUAGAGAACUACGGAAACCUGUUCUUCCUGGCUGUAUAUUCUCAUCAAGUCCAAGACUUUUUGCCAGAACAUUUAUCUCAAAAAGUGAUCAAGGGAAGACAUGGAAGUCAAGGUAUUGAAAAUUUACAUCUAAGGAAAGACUGGGAAAGUGUCAGAGAGAGUGAAGUUCCGAAAUCUUGUCAUAAUGAGCAUAACAAAUGUUUGAUGACUAUCCAUGAUGAAAAUGUCAAUGUCAGCAGACAUCAAGAACAUAUAGCAUCUCAGAAAACAGCUCAAUUUAUUCCAGUCACUUUUGAGGAGCUCUCUGUGUUUCUAAAUACAUAUCCACAGCAGUUUUUGAACCAUAUCUUCCCUCUGAAAGGAAAUUUGGAAAGUCUGAAAUGGAGUCUGUCCCAAGCUUCAGUUAACAACAUGAACAAUUUCAAUUGCAGCAUUGAUUUAAACUUUGACUCAAACAUUUAUAUAGAUAAGAGAGUUAAAAAUAAAGAACAAAUUUCUGAAUGUGAUCAUGUUGUGUGUUACUUCACAAAAAGUCUGCUAUUUUGCAAUCAACAACAAAUUGUUCCUCCUUGUGCCAAAAUAUACAGUUUUAAUCAAAGAGGGGAGGUUCAUGCUUCCCCAUUAUUGCAUAAUCAAAAUUCAGAUAAAGAUAUUUGGAAAGUUUUAAAUGUUAAUAAUAAAACCUCCAAGAACUUUAGCCAAGUCUCUACCCUAUGUAAUUACCAGUGUAUGUAUAUUGGUGAAAAAAAUUAUGAAUGCAGUGAAACUCAUGAAAAUAUUAGCCUUGGUUCAAAUCAUGGAAAACAUCAGUGUGUUCAUUUUACAAAGAACCUUUGCAAAGUUAAUAAACAUGGGAAAGUCUGUCAUCAGAGCUCAAAAGUUAAUAUCAAUAUUGAAGACAAACCUUACACAUGUAAAGAAUGUGAAAGGACUUCAAAGAAAAUUUCAAGCCUUACUCAACACAGAAGAAUUCAUACUGGAGAGGAGCCCUACACAUUUAAUGAAUGUGUCAAAGCUUUCAAACAAAGCUCAAAUCAUAUUAAUCACCAGAGAAUUCAAACUGGAGUGAUGCCAUACAAAUGUAAAGACUGUGGCAAAGCAUUUAAUAUAAGCUCACACCUUAUUAAACACCAGAGAAUUCAUACUGGAGAGAAGCCCUACAAAUGUAAAGACUGUGGCAGAGCUUUUAAUCAAACCUCAACCCUUACUCAACACCGGAUGAUUCAUACUGGAGAGAAACCUUUCAAGUGCAAAGAAUGUGGCAAAGCUUUUAAUCGAAACUCAAACCUUACUCAGCACCGGAGGAUCCAUACUGGAGAGAGACCGUACAAAUGUAGAAAAUGUGGCAAAGCUUUUAAGGAGUGUUCACACCUUAUUAAACACCAUAGAAUUCAUACUGGAGAGAAGCCCUACAAAUGUAAAGAAUGCGGCAAACCCUUUAAAGACUGUUCAGCCCUUACUCAACACCAGAGGAUUCAUACUGGAGAGAAACCCUACGUAUGCAAAGAAUGUGGUAAAGCUUUUAAUCGAAACUCAAACCUUACUCAACAUCAGAGGAUCCAUACUGGAGAGAGACCUUAUAAAUGUAAGAAAUGUGGCAAAGCUUUUAAGGAUUGUUCACACCUUAUUCAACACCACAGGAUUCAUACUGGGGAGAAGCCCUACAAGUGUAAAGAAUGUGGUAAAGCUUUUAAACAAAUUGCAACGCUUACUCAACACCAUAAAAUUCAUAGUGGAGAGAGACCGUACAAAUGUAAUGAAUGUGGCAAAGCCUUUAGGGAUUCUCUAACACUUACUCAACACCACUGGAUUCAUACUGGACAGAAACCCUACAAAUGCAAAGAAUGUGGCAAGACUUUCAUUAGAACUUCACACCUUAAUAAGCACCAGAAAAUUCAUACUGGAGAGAAGCCCUAUGAAUGUCAGGAGUGUGGCAAAGCUUUUAAACGAAGCUCACACCUUACUCAACACCAGAGAGUUCAUACUGGAGAGAAGCCCUAUAAAUGUAAAGACUGUGGCAAAGCUUUCACUCAAAACUCAAACCUUAUUGGUCACCGUAGAAUUCAUACAGGAGAGAAGCCCUACAAAUGUAAAGACUGUGGCAAAGCAUUUAAUAUAAACUCACACCUUAUUAGUCACCGUAGAAUUCAUACAGGAGAGAAGCCCUACAAAUGUAAAGAAUGUGGCAAAGCUUUUAACCAAACCUCAACCCUUACUCAGCAUCAGAGGAUCCAUACAGGAGAGAAGCCUUACAAAUGUAAAGAAUGUGGCAAAGCCUUUAAGUCUUGUCCAACCCUAACUCGCCACCACAGGACUCAUAGCGGAGAGAGGCACUCCAAAUGAAAAUGUUGUUUGAAAGUGUUUAAUCAAAACUAAAUCCUUACUCAACAUCGGAUUCAUCCUGGAGGGGACCAUGCAAACCUUCAGUUAAAUUUAAAACUCUGUGAAUGGUCAUGUGGCCAAUGUGCUAUUUACAUACAAUUUCUAUUCCAGAAACUAUUGACAUUCAAGGAUGUGGCUAUUGAUUUCUCUGAAGAGGAAUGGGAAUGCCUGGAGCCUGCUCAGCAAAAUUUAUAUGCAGACGUGAUGUUAGAGAACUACAGAAACCUGGUCUUCCUUGCCACAACUUAUCAUAUCCAUGAAUCUCCACCAGAGCAGGAAAUAAAAUCUUUAUUUCAAAAAAUGAUGAAGGGAAGAUACCAUGACAGUGAUAAACCCCACAAAUUUAAAGAAUGUGGCAAAAUUUUUAAUCAAAGAUCACCUCCUGUUAAACAUCCGAGGAUUUAUGCUGGAAAGAAGCCCUGCAAAUCUAAAGAAUGUGGCAGAGUCAUUAACAAUUACUCAACCCUUUCUAAAUGUCUCAGACAUCAUAGCACUGAGGGGAAAAAAAGCUCACUUGGCACUGAACACCUGAUAAUUUGUACUAGAGACAGAUCCUACAAACGUAAAGAAUGUGCCAAAGUCUUAAAAAUUUUUUCAGUCCUUACUCAACACCAAAGUACUCAUACUGCAGAGAAGCCUUACAAGUGUGAAGAAUGUGGCAAAGGUUUUAAUAGAAGAUCAUUGCUUACUGAACACCAGAUAAUUCAUACUGGAGAGAAGCCCUACAAAUGUAAAGAAUGUGGCAAAGGUUUUAAUCAAAGAUCAUAUCUUAAAGAACACCAUAGAAUCCAUACUGGAGAGAAGCCCUACAAAUGUAAAGUAUGUGACAAAGCCUUUACUAAAAGUUCCUUUCUUACUGAACACCAUAGGAUUCAUACUGGAGAAAAGCCCUACAGAUGUGAAGAAUGUGGCAAAGAUUUUAAACGAAGAAUAUUGCUUACUGAACACCAGAGAAUUCAUACUGGAGAGAAGCCCUACAAAUGUGGAGAGUGUGGCAAAGCUUUUAUUCGGAGAUCAUUGCUUACUCAACACCAGAGAAUUCAUACUGGAGAGAAGCCCUACAAAUGUGGAGGAUGUGACAAAGCUUUUAAUCAAAGAUCAUAUCUUAUUUGCCACCAAAGAAUUCAUACUGGAGAGAAGCCCUAUAAAUGUCAAGAAUGUGGCAAAAAAUUUAAUCAAACAUCAAAUCUUAAAAAACACCAGAGAAUUCAUAGUGGAGAAAAGCCCUACAGAUGUGAAGAAUGUGGCAAAGUUUCUAAUCGAAGAUCAUUUCUUACUGAACACCAGAUAAUUCAUAGUGGUGAGAAGCCCUACAAAUGUCAAGAAUGUGGCAAAGGUUUUAAUCAUAGAUCAUAUCUUAAAGAACAUAAGAGAAUUCAUACUGGAGAGAAGCCCUACAAAUGUAAAGUAUGUGACAAAGCCUUUACUAAAAGCUCCUUUCUUACUGAACAUCAUAGAAUUCAUACUGGAGAGAAGCCCUACAAAUGUGAAGAAUGUGGCAAAGGUUUUAAUCAAACGUCAAAUCUUAAAGAACACCAGAGAAUUCAUAGUGGAGAAAAGCCCUACAGAUGUGAACAAUGUGGCAAAGGUUUUAAUCAAAUAACAAAUCUUAAGGAACACCAGAGAAUUCAUACAGGAGAGAAGCCCUAUAAAUGUCCAGAAUGUGGCAAAUCUUUUAUUCGAAGAUCAUUUCUUACGGAACACCAGAUAAUUCAUACUGGAGAGAAGCCCUACAAAUGUACAGAAUGUGGCAAAGCUUUUAAUCAAAGAUCAUGUCUUAAAGAUCACCAGAAAAUUCAUACUGGAGAGAAGCCCUACAAAUGUGGAGAAUGUGCUAAAGCUUUUAUUCGAAGAUCAUUGCUUACGCAACACCAGAGAAUCCAUACAGGAGAGAAGCCCUACAAUGUUAAGAAUAGGGCAGAGGUUUUAAUGAAACAUAAAUCUUAAAGAACAGAGAGAGUUCGUAAGCAGAUGGAUGACUCAGGAGGUUGGAUGCAAUCAAAUAAGGAAGAAAUCCCUAGCACCAGUUACGUGGCCCCUCCACAAGCAAAUAAGAGGGAUAAGGGAUUUAAAGGAGCCCACAUUUUUAGGAGGCCUGUAGCAUGUCUGGGUACAGAAAGAUCAGAGAUCAGUCACUGUUAUACUAACCUGAAAGGUAUAAUGUGCAUAGUAUCAGUAUCCUAGGGCAGGAAAGAAGCCACUUCCCUUUAACUCCCUGCACAGGACAGAGGAGGGAGCCAUUUUGCAGCUGUGCUGUGGGAAUUGGCACCUGGGGAGCCUAUUCCAGGGAAACCCAACCUGGACCUAAACUACAAGCCAGGCAGACCCACAUCACAUGACAAAGAGUGCCUAAGAGAUGAGGAGAACAAACGGGUUUACAGGGGGUGAUACAGGUCAUGGAAACCCACCCUGUUGCCUUCUCUCCUUGAGUCCAGCAGUUCACAGGACAACCUGGGAGAGACUUGCCUGCCCAGGAAUUUGAAAGGACAGGAGUGGGGGUGAUUGAGUUUGGAGAUCAAACCCUAGAGAAUAGAAAAAUGGGGUCAGUGGGUGAUGGAGGGGACAAAAGAUUGGUGCCUUAGCCAAAAGGGGAACCGAGGGGAGAUAGUGGAAUUCAGUCCCUCACCAUAGAUUGGCAACUGCUGGGACCUGUAGGUACACUGAUUUAAAAUCUUCAGGUCAAUCACCAUUCAAAAAAGAACAUGGAGCCUACCUCAGCCUAAAUUUCACUUCCAGGAUCUCUGCUUUCAGGAUCUCUCAGACACCAAUGACCCCUCCCUGUGUGUGGCACAAACAUCACACUCCAGCCCACCUCCCAUCCAACACUGCUGAGAAGGGAAGCCAAGAAUUUUUUGAACUCUAAUGGAAACAGCUUUUUAAAGUUUUCAAUAAAACCUUUAAAUUUUUUUUUAAUUUUGUUUACUGUGAUCUGAGUAAUUCAUGGACAAUUAUACAUAUGCAUAUUUGUCUCUGCUCAUUUCUAGCAUUUUUUGGAGGUAGUUAUUAUUUCAUGGCUUGGCAUUUUGAGGGCUGUUUGAUUAGCAUAUUUUGGUUUUGUAUUCUUUUAGUUCUAAUUUAUUUUUACUUUACAUAUUUUUUCUCACUUAUCUAUUUUCCUUGAGUCUCUUUCUUUAAUUCUGCUAACAGCGAAAGUCUAUUCUCUCUUUCACACUUCCUUUAAUUUAUUUCUUCUAUCUUCUCUCCCCCCCUCUUAAUACCCCAUACUACGAUUGCUUCCAUUUUCUCCCCGUUCACCAUGAAAAUUGUAAACCCUUUUGAAAACUUACUGUUUUUAAUGUGGACAAAACCACAUCACAUCAUUUCUGUUUAUUGUGAUAAAUAACAUUGUAGACAUCAAAACAGGAACUAUUUGCUCUAAUGCUGUAUAUUGUUUGUCUCCUGCUGUUAUAGGCCAGGCUAUAUAGGAAAUGACCAAACAGACUCCAUUUUACCCUGAGACUCCACAUCAUGUAAGAAGUGCUUCUCCUGUGGGAACACCUGCCUCUGUAUCCAUCAGUUGUGGCCUAGCAUAGUAUAUUUGGCAAAAAAAAAAAAAAAUCUUAUACAAUGUAAAAUUGUUCUCUUUUU